GCAAGAUGAUAUACGCACUUUAAAAUUAAAGAUUUACUUUAAAUGUAAGAAAUUAAAACCGUGGCUAUUUCCUUUUCUUUUAGGAAAGAACUUUGAAGGAAAAAAAAAUCAGUUUUAACGUGAUUCUGAUACUGAGUAUGAAAGCGAGAUCGCCAAAUGUGAUAAUUUAUUCUACUGCUGUUCUCUUUCAUGAACUUUCUAAAUGAUUUUGCAGGUCCUUGCUGUAAUUUUGUUUUGAUAUCGGAUUCUAUCUUAACCUAUCCAUAACAUUGAAAAAUUUCUUAUAACAGCAUUUCGCAAGUUGAGGAAAAUGUCAAAAAUUUAUUCAACUGGAACCAAUCGGACUCUUAACUCUAUUUAUUUUCUUUCUCAAGAGUUAAUAAUAUUAAGUUCCUGUUGAUUGUAUUGUUUUUCUUUUGAACUUUUCUGACAAAUUUACUAAUCUUUUCUUUAAAUCUCAAACGUUUGCGAACAAGUUGGCAACAAUAUCGUACAACCGUGACGAACGCAUCUUUCUGAAUAGUAUCAAAAUGGAGUUUUAAUCAUUAAGAGCAUGCCGAAAUAAUAUCUUCACGUAACAUGGGAUACCAUAGCUAACUACCAUGGCUUACAAACUGUGGAAAGCAGCACUUCUGGUUAUUCUCAUCAACGAAGCACUUUCGGAAGAAUCUUUUUGUGACAAUAAAUGUUUCGGAGAAGGGGUAGUAACUUCACGCUCUUGUUACUGUGACAAAGCCUGCACCAUUUACAAAGAUUGCUGCUCGGACUCAAAGCAUUUUGAUCCCAGUAAAGAUUCAGACUCCAGCUCUUCAUCUGUAGUGUGCAAGAGAAAUACUCUAGUGGUCAACAGCUGCCUGCCUGAAUGGAAAGGUCCAGAUUUCAUCAUCAAAUCAUGCCAGGAAUCUCACAAUGAAGUUGACCCAGUGGGAAAUUCCCCGGUUACCAGCGAGACUACUGGAAUAUCCUACAGCAACUACUACUGCGCCAUUUGCAACGGAGAUUCUGAAGAAGCCAUUGUAUGGACAAUCAAAGUAUCUUGUCCUCUUUUAAACCCCAGCAUAGACUUGGAUAAAGAAGAAGCAUUCAAAUAUAUAUUUUAUAACAUACCAACGAAAGAAUGGGGGUAUGUGUCGCGGGAAAAUUCGACGCAAAAACUAUCAUUCCACGCAUGCGCAGUUAUUUCUGAAGUACCUGAGAAAUUUUCUUCAAAAGUGAGGAAAUGUUCGAGCGAUGAAGUUCGAAGUUGCUCUCCAAACUGGAAAAUAAAUCUCGUAGAGCGCAUGUGUGAUGCUUACAGUGAUCCAGUUUUCCAUAAUGUUACCAAAUACAAGAAUUUAUACUGUGCCAUUUGCAAUAACGUUGAUCAGUCCCUUCUCAAUUGCGGAGAUGGAAUUGGCCCAAGAAUGAAAGAGGUGCCAGAAUCGGAAGAGAAAAAUAAUCUAAGUUUUUCUUUGCUUUUAGACAUUAAUUUUUCGGAAGGUAAUAUUGUAGGUAGGAGACUUUCAGUUAUGAAUUGUUUACCAGGAGAAAUAUUUGAUCCUUUUGCUAGGAGGUGUCGAAAUAUUGUGUGCGCUAUUCCUGGUUAUAUACUGCAGAAUGGAUUAUGUAUUGCUGGUAGUGCAUCGCCAAUUUAAAUAAGUGUAUUGUAAAUAUUGUGCUUUUAACUCUCCAAUUUUAUUAUUAUGUUACCAAAUACAAAACUGUGCUAUUUGUAACUGUGCAUCUCCUAUUUAAAACAGUGUAUAAUAAAUGUUGUACUAUCUACGA